AUGGAAGCUGCAUCAUCCGAAGAUGAAAACGACAAUUCGCCAAGCAGUAAAUCAGCAUCACCUCCGCCGUCAAAAUCGUCGAGCUCUAAUUGUAAGAAAUCGGAUAGAGGUGUUAAUAUCGAAUCAAUUCAGCAGCCGGAAAAAGUCAGUUUAAUUUCAAUGGCUUCCACGUCCUAUCCAGUUAGGAUACAUCGUCAGUUUCAGCCCAGUACAGUCACAACCAUACGCUGA